AUGACAGGUCCUCAGAGACAUAAGGCGACUCCGAGAACUGAUCUUCGAGAUCUUCCACCCCGCAGGACCAGCCGGGGACUCUUCCUGGUGGUCCUGGUUGGAUUUUUCUUCAUGGACGCCCGGCACCAACCCAUCAAAGCUGUCAUCGUCGGAGACGGGGCCUGCGGAAAGACCUCCCUGCUCAUGGUCAUGGCCCAGGGAAAAUUCCCCCAGGAAUACGUUCCCACCGCCUUCGACAAAUACAGGACAUCAGUGCAGCUGGAGGGCCGGACGCUGCAGCUGGAGCUCUGGGACACUGCAGGACAAGAGGACUACGACCGCCUGCGGCCGCUGUCCUACGCCGACGCCAAAGUCAUCCUUCUCUGCUAUGAUGUCACCAACGCCACCAGCUUCGACAACGUCCGCAACAAGUGGUACCCGGAGGUCACCCAUUUCUGCCCGAAGGUGCCCAUCCUUCUGGUGGGCUGCAAGACGGACCUGCGCAACGACAAGGAUCAGCUGCAGCGGAUAAAGAAAAGCGGCCAGGACCCAAUCUCUUAUCACAAGGGCCAGGCGCUGGCGAAUAACCUGGGAGCCGUCGCCUACCUGGAGUGCUCGGCCCGGCUCCGGGACAACGUCGAGACCAUCUUCCAGCGGGCCGCGGCCGCCACGCUCAGAAGCCCCCCGAAAAACGUCUGGAGGAGCGUGAAGAAGAAGUGCACGAGCUGCGUACUGGGCUGACACGCGGACCGUCCUCCUCCGGCGUGCAAAUACGCAAAAACGCACGCCCACCGGACUGGGCCUCCCGUCCCGCGGCCCGGACGUCGGCCCCUUCCCCGACUUUUAAUAAUAAUAAUAAUAACGGUGGCAUUUAUUAAGCGCUUACUAUGUGCAAAGCGCCGGGCACUGUUCCAUCCCUCCUCCCUGGACCGCGCUCCUUCCCCGCCGUGUCCGUGGCCCCGGCAGGCCCGGGCUGGGACACCCCCGCAUCUCGGACCUGCUGGGGCUGGGGGCCCCACUCCCCCAGGCCCAAAUCUGCAAUAAAAAGCGAUUUUCGGUAACCCCGGGAAGCUGGAGUUCCUGCUUAACA